CUCAAAGCAGACACAUUUGGAAGUUUAUCCUCACUUAGGAGACUUCAGUCUUUUGGAAGCACUGCAGCAAAAAAGAAAAAAGCCUGGCUUCUCAUCCUGUCAAACCCAUCCUCUGUCCAAAAGUGGGAGUCCAAAGAAGGCGUGGAAGAUUUGUCAGGAAAUGCCAAGGUAUAACUUGCUUCACCAAGGAGAUCUCUACUGAUUCUGAAAAGAGACCCACACCAUCCAAUUCUUGCGGUGAGGAUGAAAACAUCGCUGGGAAACCAGGGAGCUGGACCCGUCACAGAAGGUGGUGAUGAACAGGAAAAUAAGACCCAGCCAAGCCAAUCUAUUUCUCCAAGAAACUGCUUCCCAACACCAGGCAUCAGUGUUCUUGACAAGCUCAUCAAAACCUGCCCAGCCUGGCUUCAGCUGAGCCUCAGUAAAGAAAAGGCUGCUGAGAUACUUGGCAAGGAACCAGCAGGGAUAUUCAUGGUUAGGAAAGACGAGAAAGUGAAACACCUGUUCCUCUCAGUUCAUUACCCAACUCAGACAGAGGCUUCUGAGGUUCUGGAAUAUAAUAUUAAAGAAGAAAAAUUAUUAUUGUACCUGGAAGGAUCCCUCCUUGUGUUUGAAGACAUCUUCAAACUGAUUGCAUUCUACUGUGUCAGUAGAGAUUUGCUUCCCUUCACUCUGAGACUACCACAAGCAAUAUUGGAAGCCAAUAGUUUCACAGACUUGGAAAUCAUCUCUAGCCUGGGGAUCGGUUUCUGGGGCUCUUCUUUAAAUCAAAGACGAGGUGGAAGGUUUCCUCAUCCUGUGAAAGGUCCUCCUUUCGCCACAGCCCAGGAAAAAAAAGUAAAAAAUGCCAGCCAAUGUUUUGCAAGCAGCACAAACAAUUGUUCAUGUGAAAUUGAGCUGUCAAUAGGAAAUGACAGGCUGUGGUUUGUAAAUCCUAUUUUUAUAGAGGAGAGAAACCCUUGGUUUCCUCUCAAUGUUACUCCCCUAGAGAGCUGCAGGGAGAGUCCUUCUUUUAGUAGUGAUAUACUGACAAGACCACAAAAGAAGUCUCCAAGCCGCCGACCCCCUCCACCUCCACCACCACCAGCUCCACCACCAUCUCUACAUGCUCUGAAGAAGCCUGAUAAACCUCCCAUGACCACCUCUGAAGAGGACCACCUUCAGGAUCUUGGGAAAAAACCAAAAGGAGAUGAACUGAGGUUAUCAAAGAGAAGGAUGGGCGAGAGUCCUUCUUUCCUCAUGACCCUUCUUCAUCUGCCAUUCCCAAUAAGUGUUUUCCUCCUUCCGUUCCACCAAGGAGAUGCUCAAGCGAAAGGGCUUCAGGGACAAGCUGCUUUGAUAAAUCUGGGCAAGUUGCAAAACCAGGAAGGGAACAAGCAGCAAAACAGAGUGGUAGAAAUGAGAACUGUGUCAAAGAUCUCCAAGGCACAGAAAAAAACAGAGGUGCUGGAAAAGGGGAUGGAGGAGACCUCCUCAGAAGGUCUGGAAACGAAGCUUGGUAAUGAGGCCAAGGAGAAGCCAACUGAUCUGCUGAGGAAGCCCUCAGAGAAGUCAACAGGGCCUCCUGUCCCACCCCCAAGAAAGAAGAGGUUUUCUCGACAUCCAUCAUCUGCCAGCUGUGGAUAUUCAAAGCACAUGGGCACUGAAGAGCUAGAAGUGUUCAGUCCAGAUGAAAGUACACAGCCAAAAGAAAAAAAGUGCUCUGACGUAAAAAGGGAAUCAAAUUUAGGCCUUAAGCUUGUCAGCAUAUCAGACUGUGAAGGUUCUCGUGACUCACUGCAUUGCCCCGUAAGCAAUGUAGGCCUUCCAACCCCUUCUUCUGAGCCUGAUUCCUAUUCUACCAGUAGCACUGAGGAUGAGCUGGAGUCAGUGACCAGCCCUUCUGUAAAGAAGACCCGCUCCAUGAUUUUGGGCAGGGCCAGGCAUCGCCUGUCCAUGGUCAGUCUGAGUAAUGUCUUUACAGCUUUCCUGUCUGCUGACAGAAAGCUCCAGAAGAAGAUUGUGGAGCUGGCUCAAGAUAAGGACUCAUACUUUGGCAACCUGGUGCAGGACUAUAAAGUGUACAGUCUGGAGAUGAUGGCCAAGCAGAGCUCCAGCACUGAAAUGCUCCAAGAGAUUCGCUUAAUGAUGACACAGCUGAAGAGCUACUUAAUCCAAAGCAUGGAACUCAAAUCCUUUAUAGACCAGACUGUUCACACAGAUGAGCAACUGGAGGUGAUUAUUGAAUCAGCUUUGCACAAGUGUGUCUUGAAGCCUUUAAAAGAAGCCAUUGAUACCUACUUGAGGGAAAUCCAUAGCAAAGAUGGCUCUUUGAAGCUCCUCAAGGAAAAUCAACAAGUCAUACAAAACACAACUACCACUGACUUGGGAGUCACCACUAGUGUGCCUGAAGGUGCAGUUCUGGAGAAAAUCCUACACAAAUUCACAACUAUGCACAAGGCCUAUUCUCCAGAGAAGAAGAUUAGCAUCUUACUGAAGUCUUGCAAGCUCAUCUAUGACUCCAUGACUCAGGGAAACCCAGGAAAGCCUUAUGGGGCAGAUGAUUUCCUUCCAGUGCUCAUGUACGUUCUGGCUCGCAGUGAUUUGAUGGAAGUGCUUCUGAAUGUAGAGUAUAUGAUGGAGCUUAUGGAUCCUGCUCUGCAGCUGGGGGAAGGGUCUUAUUAUUUAAUCACUACCUACGGAGCGGUGGAGCUUAUCAAGAGCUAUGAUAAGAUCACGGUAACCCGGCAGCUAAGCACUGAGGUUCAGGAUUCGAUCCAUCGGUGGGAGAGACGGAGAACACUUAACAAAGCCAGGGCAUCCCGAUCCUCUGUUCAGGAUUUCAUUGCAAUUUCCUUUAUGGAAGCUGAUGUCAAAGCAAGGACACUGGCCUACCGAACUGAUGCAACAACUCAGCAGCUGAGUCAGCAGUGUGCUGAGAAGUUUGAAGUCUCAGAACCUCAGAACUAUAGCCUGUUUGUUCAGGUUGAUGACAAGAGCAUGCGGCUUGAUGAUGAUGCCCUUCCCCACCGCAUCAAAUCCCACCUGUUGAACAAGGAGCCCAAGCCGACAUUCUACUUUAUUUAUAAGCCAAUGGGCAGUGAAGAGACAACGGUUCCCAUUAUCAAGGACCCAGAUCUUUUAUAAUAGCAAAACAACUCUGUUGCAA